GUUCACAAAAAUGACUAUUUAAGUGAAGGGUUCGGGUACGCAUGCGUGCGGAUCUGUCAAAAUUACAAAUCACAGAGAGAGAGAUCACCACGGCGCGUUUAGAAAAAGUUAUUUUUAUAAAUUAAAAUAUUAAUGAAAGUGCUACGAGUGAUAUUUAAAGUGUUCUGUAAAGGCUGAAGAUAGUAUUGUUGUUAAAAUGUCUAAGGAAACUUCGUUAGUUGGGUUGGACGCAAUCCUAAAAGAAUUGGGAUCUUUUGGGAAGUAUAAUAUUAUCAAUUAUGCUUUCUUUCUAUUUCCCUGUUUUUUAGCGGGAAUGUAUGGAUCUGUUUACGUGUUCGAAGCGAGUGACAUCGAUUACAGAUGCCGCAUAAAUGAAUGCGAGAGUAUCAACAACACCAAUCUUUGGUUAGAAUACGCUAUUCCCAAAGAAAAAGAUAGAUAUUCUAAAUGUUUAAGAUUCUCUGCUAUAGAGAGUGAUAUCACUAGUAAUAGUUCGUGUACGGUGGAUGCAUUUGAUACUAGUGUUGCGGAGAAGUGCACUUCUUAUGUGUAUAGUGAUGAAGAUUCGGCUGUGAAAGAUUUUGAUCUCGGGUGCCAAAACUGGAAGAGGACUCUUAUAGGGACCAUCCACAAUUCUGGCCUUUUCCUAUCCCUCCCUCUUACGGGGAUUAUAUCAGAUAGAUAUGGGAGGAAACUGGCCUUAUCAGUAGCAGCCCUUAUGAACUGUAUUUUCGGAUUCUUGAGGUCUUUUUCUACUAAUUAUAUCAUGAUGGUAGCUUUUGAAUUUUUGGAGGCUGGCUUUGGAGCGGGGGCUUAUACUACAGCUUUUGUUUUAGCUAUGGAACUGGUAGGACCCAAAGGCAGGGUGUUUGGUAAUACCCUCAUAAACGUAGUAUAUGUUUGUGGCCUGAUGUCUCUAGCUGGACUGUCAUGGAUCUUACAAGACUGGAGAACUCUGUUAAGAGUAAUUUAUGCCCCAUCUUGCUUAGUAUUUUCAUAUUUAUGGAUAUUGAAUGAAAGUAUCCGUUGGCUGCUUAGCAAAGGUAGACAUGAUGAAGCUGUAGCCAUUUUGCAGAAAGCGGCUAAAAUGAAUAAUGUAGAAUUGAGUGACCAAGCUUUGGCACCACUCCAAGAAAUGGAGAAAAAGCCAAUAGAAGAAAAGGAAGAAAUCGAUGUGGAACCAAAACCUUCAGUUUUCUUGCAAGUGAUUAAGUCAAGCAUUAUUAUAAAAAGAUUGCUAUGUUGUUCGUUCUUAUGGAUCACGUGUACUUUUGUUUACUAUGGCCUGUCAAUUAAUUCUGUAUCUUUAGCAGGCAAUAAGUACAUUAACUUUAUGUUAGUGGCCUUCAUAGAGAUUCCAGCCAACUUUACUUGCUUGUUUGUACUGGAUAGAUUCGGAAGGAAGAAAGUUAUGAUUAUCAUGUACAUUUUGAGCGCGAUCCUGUGCAUCAGCUUAUCGUUCCUACCUAAAAAUCAGACCUGGUGGUCGUUAAUCUUCUACCUCUCCGGGAAGUUCUCCAUCACGGUGGCGUACAGUUCCGUUUAUAUCUACGUGUCUGAAGUAUUCCCUACCAAUGUCAGACAGUCACUGUUGGCUGUUUGUUCGUCUACUGGCAGAAUAGGGUCUACUUUAGCUCCUUUGACACCUUUACUGGCUUUAUACUACGACAACCUACCUUCAAUAUUCUUCGGUACCCUAGCAGUAAUGGCUGGUCUCCUAGUCUUCACUUUACCAGAAACCAUCAAUGUUCCUCUACCAGACUCGAUAGAAGAAGCCGAGAGAUUAUCCAAAGCGAAGAGACGGAAACCAGAAGAUAUGCCGUAGUUUGGUCUCGUUUUAAUGCUAGCAUUUAUUGAAUGAGUGAAAAAGAUGCAUAUUGUUUGGUUAACUCUUAUUUUAUUUUGAUGGAUAAGAUUAUUUUUGAUAUAUUUAAUUCAUGUUUCUUUUUCAUUAUUAUAUUUAGUAACAGAUUUUUUUGUAUGAUUGUCUUUGUUGAAAAGCAAUAUGCGCAAUAGCACAAUGUCUAUUUUUUUACUUACAUAAGUCUAAGUUUUAAAAUGUUCUAUAACUCAAAUGAUUUUAACUAUUUUUUUAAGCAAUAGUUAUUUUGUAGAUAAUUUUUUUGUGUCUUUGUUAGACAAGUUAUUUAAUUAAUUAAGUAAUAAUAGCACAAAGCCUUUUUGCUCAGCUUAAUAAUCCUAUGUUUUAAAGUUACCCUUAAAUAUUAUUGUUAUAGGAACAUACUUAUCCAAUAUCUAAGUAACCUGAAAGUGUGUAUGUGUUUGUGUCUAUGUGUGCGUGAGAUGAAUCCCACAGAUGAAGCUAAGGU